AGCAGAGUGCCAUCGGGGGGGAGGUGAGCGUCAAGGUGCCAUUCAAGAUGAUGAGACGCCAAACUACUGAUGACGCUGAGACCAACACCACGCCCCUGCCUGAGUCGCAUCCAGAGAGCAGCGGCGGUGAGCCCCCCAAGUCCCCUUCCCAACCCACGAGUCCCCAGGAAGCGGCAUCCCCCCAGCCCGAGGACCCCCAGGAAGCGGGGGUCCCCAAGGAGACAGCUACGCCCCCCCUACAGGAUGAGGUAGUAACAGAUGGAGUCCCGAUUACUACCUCCCAGUCCAUGUUUGACCUGACCUCGAGUGACCCCCGUCGAGGCACUGCCAAGACCCGCAGGUCACCACCCUCUAGGUCGACCAGUGAGGACUCCGGCAAGUGCUCGGUGGCGGGUCACACCUGUGUUGACACUGACAGGUUCCGGGCCAGUGUGCAGGUACAGAGCAGGGAGCGUAGCGGCCGGCUAGUGGACUCCGCCUGUUAGAACCCCAGUUACGUGCAAGACGAAACCUGAUCGCCAGCACGAGCAAUCGACGGUACCUGGCAUUCCAUGAGUUGUUUUUUCAUCAAAUAAUCCACGAGUAGUUAAGAGUGCUAGUAUGAGCAAUCUACAUCAUCGCCUGGCGCUUCUAUUAGCAUUCCUCAGCGUCAGCAUGAGAAGUUAACACCGCCAGCACGAGCAGUCAUCAGCGUCAGCACGAGAAGUUAACACCGCCAGCACUAGCAAUCACCGCCGCCUGCCCUUUCUAAACGUAUUCAGCGCCGGCCGUCAGACCAAGUGGUAAUUCUUAGAUACUUUACGUGAAAAAGAUUAUAAUGAUGCAACAACAGCAACUCCCAUAAUAGCCUGAUACAACACCACCAACAACAACAACAACAACCAUUGCCUGACACAACACCACCACCACCACCAACCAUUGCCUGAUACAACACCACCGCCAACAACAACA